GGUACAGUCGCCAGUCUGCAAAGGACCACGCAAAGUGGCUGCCGUGUGAGUUCGAUCUGUAGGAAGGGAGAAAUACAGAAGAAAGUAGUAGAAAGAAAGUUAGUAGUCUAGUUAGUGUGUUUCGCGGAUUUCAACGCUCUGUGAAUAAUCAGAUAGGUUGUGUAUUCAGGAUAAGAGAGAAUCAAGACCUCUUGAUUGAAAUCAAGUCACAAUUAGAAGUCUCUCGAGUUUAGCAGAGUGCGCGUCUCAACAUCAACGUUGUUAGUGCGUGUGUGUCUCGUGCGUGCGGAUAAACGUAGUUCGACCACGCUACCGGUUUCUCUCUCUUGUUCUCGUUUGUGUUCAACUAGAAUAAUAACAAGCCUCUAGCACGCCGUUUGUGAGUAGAGAGUGAGAAGGAAGGAAGGAAUAGUGAGCAGCUGAGGAGGUGGCGACCGAGGAGGAACAGACGACGAGGUGCUACGGAGUGUCAGAUUGUUUUCUCAAACAACGGUGGAGCAAAACGGCCUCAAACUGUGGGGCUCUGGGGCGUUUUUCCUUCCUCCGCAAGGAAUGUACUACCCUCACAUGGUGCAGACAGGAAUGGCUGCGCCCUAUGGUGGUGGAGUGUUUCCUCCUCCUGUGAAUGGAGUCACAGGGGUCGUGGGAUCAGCUAGUGCUGCUGGAGAUGUAAAACCGCCACCCCCAGUUCCUGUCAAAGAAGAGCCGAGCGGAGCAUCACAACAACCAACACCUGGAGGACCACAAGUACCACCCCCCACUGGAGCACCACAUACAGUCACACCUGGCCAACAAACUGCAACCAGUUUCAGUCCACCACCCUCAACUAAUGGUGUUGACCAACAAGCAAUUACGGAUGCAUUUCAGGCAGCGGUAGCAGCUGCUGCAGCUGCAGCUGCCGGAGGUGGAGCACAGCAACCUGCGCCAACACCAGGAGGCAAUGAUGCAAGUCCGGAUGCUGCAGAAGCUGGGAGCUUAGUACCUGUAACUUCUGGUGCAACAACGCCAGCCACAGUGACACAAGGAACAGACCUUAAAGGACAACCGAAACGUCUUCACGUUAGCAACAUACCUUUUCGCUUUCGAGACCCCGACCUUAGGGCAAUGUUUGGACAAUACGGGGCGAUCCUGGAUGUAGAAAUCAUAUUUAACGAGAGGGGCAGUAAGGGAUUCGGUUUUGUAACAUUCGCAAAUAGUGCUGACGCGGACCGGGCACGUGAGAGGCUACACGGCAACGUGGUUGAGGGCAGAAAGAUUGAGGUGAACAAUGCAACGGCACGAGUGCAGACGAAGAAACCUCCAACGGUACCGAACGUGUGCGUUCAGUGGCCAGAGGCCGCUGCAUUAAGAGGAGUUUCCAUUCAACGAGGGCGAGUUGGUACAACUAGAGCAGCAUUUCCAGCAAGUGCCGCCGCACUUGCUCUUGCCAGGAACCCAGGGCCUCUCGCAGCUGCCGCUGCAGCAACGGCCCUGCACCCCUUCGCGCCUGCUGUUUACUACGAUCCGUUCCUAGCAGCACACGCAGCAACGCAGGACCCGAACUAUAGGCUACAGGCAAAAGCGCCCGCUCUUGAGGCCGCGGCAGCAGCAGCUGCAGCAUCACCUCUCUUGAAGACACCACUAUCAACAGCUCAGCAGGCCAGCUACGCUGCGGCAGCGACAUACACAGCAGUAGCUGCACGAGCUGCAUAUGGAGCAGCUGCGGCUGCAGCACAACCAGUUGCUGGAUACGCAGCAGUUGCUGGUUAUGGUCGUGAAUAUGCUGAUCCUUAUCUGGGACAUGGUAUUGGACCUGUUGCUGGUUAUGGAGCCACUGUUUAUCGAGGAGGAUACAACAGGUUUACGCCUUAUUAAAGAAAUAGGAAGCACAUCGGAACCUUCCAGUCAAACCACAUCCACUAAAUCAUGGUCAGAAAGAAAAGCAAUCAUCCAACCCACCAACACGAUGCCUGGACAUUCUGAUUUAUCGAUGUCAUUUUAUAUCUGCACUUCAGA